GAGCUUGCCUAAGGAGUUACAAAAACAAAAUACAAGCUGAAGUUGCCUACUAUCCACCACCUAAGAAAGGAAAAAUAGAAACUAAUGAGAAAUUUAAUAAGGAAAUUAACAUCAAGUUUGAAAAUCCUGCCACCACCAUAAAAGAAGCUGCUCAUUCGUCUGCUGGAACUGUAUUAGAUGAAAACAAAGAAAAUAAAGCAACAGCAAGUAGAGCAAAGAGGAAGAAUUCCAAGAAGCAACAGGAGAUCCCGAUUCAACGACCUCAGCAAUCAGUCAUUCAGCAACCUCAGAUAUCAAUAUAUGAAAGACCUCAACAAUCGGCACAUCAACGACCUCAGCAAUCAGCAACUCAGCGACUUCAGAAAUCGAUAUAUCAAAGAAAUCAACAAUCGGCCCAUCAACGACCUCAGCAAUUUAAAGGGCAAAUCAACUGGCCUGAGAUCCCAAGUUACGUGGAAACAAAUACAUAUCUGAAAAAUCCAUUCGAAUUAUUUGAUCAAAAUCUAUACGAAGACCUUAAUUUCGAAGAAGAUGAGAAUAACGUGCCUCUUUAUUUCUACAACUGUGCGAUUUCACUCAACGAAAUUCUUACAAUUUGGGUAAAAAGGAAAUUGGAAAUAGAAUUCUUGAAGAUUGUGCACACAAGAAUACCGGUGGAAAUAUCAAAGAAAAUUCGAGUGGAUUAUAUGUAAAAAUAAUUUCGCUAAAGAGUCUUCUCAGAUGGUCAGUAAUGACAGAAUGCGAGUUAAAAAAAAUUAUCAAAAAAUUAAUGGAGAAAUGUACUGGAAUAUUGAUUUUUUAAUAAUGUAUUGUCCUAAGCACUUUUUUAGUGCAUAUACUAUGCAUGUUUAAAUGUCAAAAUAAUCAAGCAGCAUAGUUAUUUUGACAAAUCAAUUACUCAUUUACAUUAUUUGUUUAUUAAAUGUGUUCAUUUAUAAUAUUUUGAAAACAGCUUAGUAAUAUUCUGAUAGCUGAUAUUUUUAUCAUUAUUUUAUGCAAAAUCUUACAUGUGAAAAUGACUAAUUUAUUCUUGUGAAAUAUUUUGUGAUUAAUCCUAUAAAAAUGACUGUUUUUAAAAUGUUUCAACCAAUAUCUUGAUAAACAUGCAAAUAAAGGUUGGCUAUAAACUAAACAAAUAAUGAAAAAUUUACGAAUAUACUGAAAAAUAUGGUUUCUGAAUGAUAUUUGUCACCUGAUUUACAAAAUACUUCUUAAUAUCCUUAUUUUGGGAAAUAUAAUGAAAUACUUAUUUUUUAAAUGUAUUGCCCUAACUACUUUAGUAUAUAAAUUGUGAAUGUGUUAUCAAAAUCAUUAAGGAGUAUUGAUAUGAAUACUGUGGUUAUUUUGAAAAAACAAUCACUUAUUUACUUUAAGUUAUAAAUGAUGGUUUUUUAAAUUUUAGAUCAGAUUUAAAUGUAUUUAUAAUAUACUGAACACGGCUUUUUAAUAAAUAUUCUGAGAGCCGACUUUUAUCACUCCUCUAUGCAAAAUCCUAUAUGUUUUAAUGACAUAUUACCACAUGAAAAUAACAAUCGUGAAAUAUUUUAUGAUUCAUCAUAUAAAAAUGACCUUUUUUUUUUUUAAAUGUUUCGAUUAAUUUCUUGAUGAACAUGCCAGUAAAGGCUAGGCAUAAAUUAUGUAAAUGAAAAAACAAGUAUACAAUUAAGUAUGUAAUGAAAACUAUGACUUCUGAACCAUAUUUGCAAAAUGAUUUAUAAAGUAUUUCUGAAAAUCAUAAUAAAUAUUUUACCAUUAUCAAUAAAAGUUAAUAAAAAUUAAACGUUGAUUGUAGAAUGUAUAAUAUUCAGUAAUCAUUUUUGAAUCAUAAUGAUUUAUUUUAGUUUAUAAAAUUGAAAUGUCUUUUGCACUUGUUUUAUGUUACUACACAUGCAAGAUACACAUUUAGUCACUUUCA